UUAAAGAGAAGAGUGAUCAUCACGAGAUGGCUUCAGCGCAAGUUCAGCUCCCACACAACCUCGAUGCCAUUCUUCAAGAGGCAGACUCACAGAUUAACAAGUCCUCCGACAAUCUGAUUGAGCAGCUCCACGGUGGAAUCUUCUUGAACCAAAACAAACUGAAGUUUUCGGUUGAUAAGCUUUCUGGUGCGAACACCUUUGAAAUUUAUGCAAGGGGUCUCACAAUUGCUUGGGGAAACGAUGAACGUUAUUGAAAGUGGACUUACAUGCAAGACACAAAAGAGUAU